GGAGAAAGCUCCCAGUCCUCUCACUUGUCCUUCCUGCGCCGCUCUUCCCCCCGCCCCAGUCAGUCCCACAAGCUGCCGGGUGCUAUCAGGGAGGAGUUCCCGCUGUCUACUUGGACUUAUUCUCCUUCCAGAUCGGACACCGAAGAACUAUCGCAGCCUACACUUUGCAGCAUCUUCCGCAGACGCUUCCCCUGUCAGCGUCCUUUCUCUCUCCGCUUAGAGAAGAUGCUCCUCUUUCUGGUACCUGCCUUCGCUCUCUUGCUGAGCACAGAAACGGCGGUCUACGGUAUCAGUCACGAGGAAUGGCCGGGCACCGUGGCUCAGUACAACAAGGAUCGAUCCUGGAACAGAUUCAGAGACGAAGCAGAGGAUGACUACUUCAAAAGCUGGGCUCCUGCCAAAUCUCUGGACCAAGAACGAGCGGCUGAACCUGCCAGAAUCGGAGACGAAGGAAUUCAAACCCACUCUGCCAAGAACUCUGGACAGAAUGGCCCUGAUGCCACCAAGGACCCAUGUCUUAGAGUUCGCUGUCCUCCUCACAAGGUGUGCAUCAGCCAUGACUUCCAGACGGCCAUCUGCACCAAUCACAAGCAACCUGCACACAGUGUGAAAGCCAGGAAAGGCAGCGGAGGACACAAGCACAGGCUUGAACCUGGAUCUCAUGGAAAAUGUAGGCUCUGCUCAGCAAUCCAGUCAUCUCCUGUAUGUGGCUCAGAUGGACACACUUACUCAACUAAAUGUAAGUUGGAGUUUCAGAGCUGCUUGUCUGGGAAGACAAUCUCAGUUAAAUGUGAUGGACAGUGCCCCUGCUUACCUGGUCAGGAGUUUAGCAAACCAUCACAUAAUGCGGAUAAGGCUGGCUGCUCGGACACAGAGCUGCACAGUCUGGCUGCCAGACUGAAGGACUGGUUUGGAGUUCUCCACCUCGAUGCCAACAGAGACCUCAAAUCUUCUGACAGUUUUGACUCCACCACCGGACAUUUUGACACCAGCAUCUUGCCCAUUUGUAAGGACUCAUUGGGCUGGAUGUUCAACAAGCUAGACAUGAACUUUGACCUGCUGCUGGACCAAUCAGAGCUGAAUGCCAUCUACUUAGACAAGUAUGAGCUGUGCAUGAAGCCUCUCUUCAACUCCUGUGACUCAUUUAAGGACGGCAAGCUAUCCAACAACGAGUGGUGCUACUGUUUCCAAAAGCCUGAAGGACUUCCUUGUCAAACUGAGAAAAGCAGGAUCCAGAAUCAGAGUCGAAAAAAGAGCCUCAUAGGCUCCUAUAUUCCUCGCUGCACUGAGGAGGGCUACUACAAACCAACCCAGUGUCACAGCAGCACCGGCCAGUGCUGGUGUGUGGACAAAUAUGGCAACGAGAUCGCUGGAUCCAGAAAACAGGGCAACCCUAGCUGCGAUGAGGACCCGGAGACAUCGGGGGAUUUUGGUAGCGGUGGCGCUGUUAUUCUCCUUGAUGACCAGGAGGAGGAGCCAUCACAGAGUGAACGUAGCAGGCAGAAGAAGAGACGGGGCCGGAUCCAACCCCGUGGAACUAUUGAGGACGACGAGGACGAGGUUGAGGACAAGGAUGAUGAAACUGGCUAUAUCUGGUAGCUCCACUACAUAAUUUUACUUUUUGCCAUCAGCUGAUCAGAAAACUCUGUUAACUCGGCCCAGAUCUGAAGCCAUUCCGACAUCUCUUUCUCCAGUUUCCUUGGCAGCGUUCCAUCUUUUGACUCUAAACCUGCUCUUGUAAUCCCUGCAAUUUACCCAAUCGUUUUCUUCAGUGAAUCUCAUACAAACUUUUUAUCUUCAAGUUCCACUCUUUUGUCAGAGAAGUAAAACAGACCUUAUAACAUUUAAGCAAAACGGUCAAGACCCUCUAAGAAUUUUGUCCACUCCCUGCUUUUACUCCCCCAAACAAAUCCUCCAAACUCUAAACUCUUCAAAUAUAGAUACUUCUUUUUUUUCUGUUCUCGUCCUCUUUCUCUCCUAUUGUUGUGAGUAUAAGUGUCGCUGGUCAGUCGGUAAGCCCAGAUACAUUAAGCCAAUAUAUUGGAUAUAAAUAUGUUUCCUCAAGGAAGGCUUGAUUGUGGAUUCCCUUCCCUGUUGUUUGUGUACAGCUUAUUUUUGUUUUCUUUGUUCCACCACGGUUUCCCUCCAUUGUUUUCUGCAAAAGCUGCCACAGUUUAAAGCUCGGAGAUGCCCUCCCCCCACCACCAACACCGCCCCUGCCCCAUUCUCUCUCUCUCUGUUAUUUCCUGGAUGAUUGUAAAUUAUUUUUUGAUUCCUUUUUUUUUUUUUUUUUGAAUGUGUCCAGAAAGCCCAGGAAACAAUGAGAUUAAUGAUGUAUUGUUGUUGUCGUUGCAUGUUUCUCAUCUUGUAUCUGUAAAAGAGAGAUUUACCUGGCCAGGUCCAGCUCUAUGCAUCUCAAACUGAAAGUGAUGCCUAUGUUGGCUGCUACAAUACUUCGCUGUUGCUAUGUUGAUGCUGUCUAGUGUCCUUUCGGUUCUUCUCCCAAUCUCAGGAGGUAUGAAUUUGUAUUGUAGAGAGAUAGGCAUGGAGUGCAAAUCUGUAUGCCUUGGCCUACUGGUAUUUUGCUAAGUGGUGAGUAGGGCUGCUGAGGCCUUUUGACUGUGCAUGGACACUGGAUGAGGUAGCGGCUCCUGAGCUGGGAGGACAUAUGACAUCCAGCGGAGACGAGAGUCUGCUCUGCCUCCCAAUAUUGGAUAUGUUCAGUGAAUUGAAAUCAACUGCGUGAACUUUUAUUUAUUUUAAAAUUUAAGUAAAGUGACACCUUGAGUGUCUUUUGAACCUUA